UAUCCGGUACUUGCGACUGGACGAGAAAGCCUUGAUUCAGUCCUUUCCUCCAUAUUUCUCCGGGGGUCAACAUUAAAAAUGGCAAAGGAAAAGCCGGCAAAGGCGGCCCCUGAGGCUCCCAAGGCGACGGAGAAGAAGGUUGCGGCGGUCGAAGCUAAGGACAGUGGCAGGAAGACGAGAACGCCAAAGCGGCUGUACUGCAAGGCGGUGUUUGUGGGCUACCGGAGGGGUCUGCGCAACCAGCACGAGCACACCUCCCUCCUCAAGAUCGAGGGUGUCAACUCUCGCCGCGAGACCGGCUUCUACCUGGGGAAGCGUGCCGUCUUCGUCUACACCGCCAAGAACAAGACGCGGGUUCCCGGCCACAAACACCACUACUCUAAGCUGCGUGCCAUCUGGGGCAAGGUGACCCGCCCCCACGGCAACAGUGGGGUGGUGCGGGCCAAGUUCAGGCGCAACAUGCCGGCCGUGGCCAUGGGCCGACGGGUGCGCAUCAUGCUCUACCCCUCCAGGAUCUAGGCGCCUCCCCCCUGUGUACCAUACAAAUAAAAAAAAAGACUGCCCUGCCACGGCGA